CAGCAUGUGCUGGCCACUCCCCCACCGUAUGCUCUGACAAUGAGCAUCAACUCCUCCCUCGGUAAUGAGAAGGCCUUGAGGAACCUGACGCUGCUGGAAGAUGGGGCAGGCAGAAUCACAGAGUCCAUUGCUAUCAUUGUCAUUGCUAUUUUCAUCUGUUUGGGAAACUUGGUGGUGGUACUGACCCUCUACAAGAAAUCCUACCUCCUCACGCUCAGCAACAAGUUUGUUUUCAGCCUGACCCUCUCCAACUUUCUUCUCUCUGUGCUGGUGCUUCCUUUCGUUGUCACCAGCUCCAUCCGGAGGGAAUGGAUCUUCGGGGUCGUGUGGUGCAACUUCUCAGCCCUGCUGUACAUGCUCAUCAGUUCGGCCAGCAUGCUCACUCUUGGGCUCAUUGCUAUAGACCGAUACUAUGCUGUCCUGUACCCAAUGAUUUACCCGAUGAAGAUUACGGGUAACAGAGCUGUUGUUGCCAUUGUGUACGUGUGGCUACAUUCCCUCAUUGGAUGCCUGCCUCCCCUCUUCGGCUGGUCUUCCUUAGAGUUUGAUCAGUUCAAAUGGAUGUGUGUGGCCGCAUGGCAUAAAGAGGCCGGUUACACUGCCUUUUGGCAGAUCUGGUGCGCUCUGCUGCCCUUUAUGGUCAUGAUGAUUUGCUAUGGAUUCAUAUUCCGCGUGGCCAGGAUUAAGGCACGGAAGAUUCAUUGCGGGAGCGUGGUCAUUGCGGAGGAAGAUACCCAAAGGAAUGGAAGAAAGAACUCUAGCACUUCAACGUCCUCCUCGGGCAGUCGAAGGAACGCUUUUCAAGGAGUAGUUUAUUCUGCCAACCAAUGCAAAGCUUUGAUAACUAUCUUGGUUGUGAUUGGUGCUUUUGUGAUCACGUGGGGGCCUUACAUGGUGGUAAUUACAUCUGAGGCACUUUGGGGGAAAAACAGCAUUUCCCCUGCUUUGGAGACAUUAGCAACCUGGCUGUCUUUCACUAGUGCUAUAUGCCACCCUCUGAUUUAUGGACUCUGGAAUAAAACUGUCCGCAAGGAAUUGCUGGGAAUGUGCUUUGGCGACCGGUACUACAGAGAAUCGUUUGUUCAACGGCAGAGGACAUCCAGAUUAUUUAGUAUUUCUAAUAGGAUCACAGACUUGGGGCUAUCCCCCCAUCUCACAGCGCUCAUGGCUGGUGAGCGUCCUUUAGGACACAGCAGCAGCACGGGAGACACAGGGUUCAGCUACUCUCAGGAUUCAGGAACAGAUGUCAUGCUGCUUGAAGACUACAGCUCGGAUGGUGUUAAUCACCCACACUGCAUUUAUCCCCACCGGCGGCGGAGUUCUGUCACGUUUGAAGAUGAAGUGGAACGACUUAAAGACACUGCAAAGAAUUCUGUUCUCCAUGUAAAAGCUGAAGUCCAUAAAUCUAUAGACAGCUACGCAUCCAGCUUGGCCAGAGCUAUCGAAGCCGAUGUGAGGAUUGCCUUGUUUGGAGGAGACGCUCUACCUGGCUCUUUGUUUCCAGUGCAAACUAUGGUGGGAAGCAACUCAUGUGCCCGACGUGGGGGCAGGACCCAUGUUGGCCAAAGGCUGCAGCUACAAAGCAUUGAAGAAGGGAACACUUAAAAUCACCUAAACAGGGAAGGAACCUACAAAACUGCUAAUGACAAU